AUGGAAGAAAAACUGCAGCCCCCCACAGGAGACGAGCAAGAUUCUGUGAAUCGUCCAACUCACCAUUUGAAAACAAUUCAUGUCGGAGAUAACGGCGUACAGCUUCUGGUGUCGACAAAAGAUCACCUCUAUAACGCCGAGGACGUCGACGCUGGAGCCAACUCUUAUCAGGUCAUUGGUGCCUGGGAAGACAGCUCAGUCCAGGAGCUGGCUAAGAUCCUCAAUCAACGUCAAGUUACUGCGAACCGACAGUUGCCCGGAUCAACUGAAGCAUCCCGAUUUGAGACGACGCAUGGAACAGGCAAAUCACUAGCCGGGCCUAGUAGCAACAGAACUAGAGUGAUGAACAGACAACAGACGGAAUAA